AUGGAUUCCAGUCCCAGGGGGUCUCUCUUGGGGUCGGAACCCGACGGCCGGGCAGCGGCAUCUCUGCUGAGCCCCGGUCUGGUCAGACUGAGAAACACUUUGCCGCAGUCCAGCGACUUCUCCCUCGGCGAGCCCCUUGCAUCGAGCUCGCGUCUCGGGUGUGCUCGGCCACUGAUCGUCGUCGUCGCCGCUGCCGUAGCGAUCGAUCGAGCCGCUCUCAUGGGAGAAACUCAUGCUUUUUUCUUGCUCUUGACUACCCGCCCCUCACAUGCAUCGUAUCUGGUACCUGGGCAGAUCGGUGCGGCCAAGUCAUUCAGCGAGGCCCAGAACGCGCAGGCCUGGCCGAGCCUUGCUGGAUGCCAUGUCAUGUUGCUUGGAAACCUCGCGUGGAGUUUGCCAGACCAACUCGAGUUCCCACGGGGCAAAAGUCGCGACGGGCCACGAAGAGGCAGACCAGAGCGACCACCUGUUGAUGGUAAACACGAAGUCAGCCAUCCUAAUUCGCACCAAGCUCAUGUGGCCAAUUGA